AUGCACAAUCAAGUUGAAAAUAUUCUAGUAGAGAUGCAAAACUUGCAUAAAGCUGCUUGGAGAAUGGUUGUUAAUGAGAUUUUAUGUUCUUCAGAGAAGCACCUUGAAAAUACUAGUGUAGCAAAAGGAAAGGAGACUGAGAAAGCCAAAGAUCGAUGUGAGAAAGCUACUAUGAAACUUCAUAUGUUGCAUAAUCAGUAUGUGUUGGCACUGAAAGGAGCACAGUUACAUCAGCACCAGUAUUAUGAUACUACACUUCCUCUGUUACUUGAUUCACUACAGAAGAUGCAAGAAGAAAUGAUUAAAGCCCUAAAAGGAAUCUUGGAUGAGUAUAGCCAGAUCACCAGUCUUGUAACAGAAGAGAUUGUGAAUGUCCAUAAAGAGAUCCAGACUUCGGUUGAACAAAUAGACCCUAACUCUGAGUAUAAUGACUUCAUAGAUACACACAGGUCAUCGGAAGUUGUUGAACAAGAAAUAGAGUUUGAUACAUCUUUACUAGAAGAAAAUGAAAACCUUCAAGCUAAUGAGAUCAUGUGGAAUAAUCUGACAGCAGAAAGUUUACAAAUCACGUUAAAAACUGUAAUAGAAGAACUGAUUCAGACACAGCAAACCCUUCUGAGCAAAGAGGAGCUUGUGUUGGAACUGGAGAAAAAAAUAGAAGAGUCCUCUAAGACUUGUGAAAAGAAGUCUGAUAUUGUACUCUUGCUGAGCCAAAAGCAAGCGCUGGAAGAACUUAAGCAAACAGUUCAGCAAUUAAGAUGCUCUGAGGCAAAAUUUGCAGCCCAGAAAGAACUGCUGGAACAAAAGGUUCAAGAGAAUGAUGGAAAAGAGCCACCACCUGUAGUGAAUUAUGAAGAAGAUGCCAGAUCUGUGACUUCUAUGGACAAGAAAGACAAAGUCUCAAGAUUUGAUACUAUACGUCAUUCCAUAGCUGGAAUUAUAAGGUCUCCAAAAUCCAUGCUGGGCUCAUCCUCGUUCUUUGAUGUAAUUUCAACCACUGAGAAACCGCUGGCUGAGCAAGACUGGUAUCAUGGUGCAAUUCCAAGAAUAGAAGCCCAGGAGCUGUUAAAACAGCAAGGAGACUUCUUGGUGCGAGAGAGCCACGGGAAACCUGGUGAAUAUGUCCUUUCUGUGUUUUCAGAUGGACAACGGAGACACUUUAUCAUACAAUAUGCUGAUAAUCAGUAUCGUUUUGAAGGAACUGGGUUUCCAACUAUUCCUCAGCUCAUAGAGCAUCAUUACACAACAAAGCAAGUUAUUACAAAGAAAUCAGGUGUUGUUCUGCUGAAUCCUGUUGUUAAG